CGUGUGCGGUGCGGCAGGAGCGGCGGUGCGGGGCCUGGUGGUGUCUGUGCAACCGGCGCCAUGUCUAUUAUGUCCUAUAACGGCGGGGCCGUCAUGGCCAUGAAGGGGAAGAACUGCGUGGCCAUUGCUGCGGACCGGCGGUUCGGGAUUCAAGCGCAGAUGGUAACCACGGACUUCCAGAAGAUUUUCCCUAUGGGAGAAAGACUGUAUAUUGGAUUGGCAGGACUGGCCACGGAUGUGCAGACGGUUGCCCAGAGACUGAAGUUCAGGCUGAAUCUCUACGAGCUGAAGGAAGGCAGGCAGAUCAAACCUCAGACUUUUAUGAGCAUGGUUUCCAAUCUGCUGUAUGAGAGACGGUUUGGACCUUACUACACAGAACCAGUCAUUGCUGGGCUGGACCCCAUAACACACGAACCUUUCAUCUGCUCUCUAGACCUGAUCGGCUGCCCGAUGAUAACCGAUGACUUUGUGGUCAGCGGCACCUGCUCCGAGCAGAUGUACGGCAUGUGCGAGUCCCUCUGGGAGCCUGACAUGGAACCCGAUCACCUCUUUGAAACAAUCUCACAGGCCAUGUUGAAUGCAGUGGACAGAGAUGCCAUAUCUGGAAUGGGCGUGGUAGUACACAUAAUCGAAAAAGACAAGAUCACCACCAGGACCCUGAAAGCUCGCAUGGACUAGCUCUGCACAUCUGCUCACGUGGUUCACAUCCCAGUCUGCUUGGAACUUUUUUUAAAUAAAACUCUCUAUUGUA